AUGGGCAUGGCUGGCACGCAGCUGCUUGCCUAUCGCCUUUUUCUCUGCACACGGCUUGACGCCGGCGAACUUGCUCGGCUGCCCCAAGUCCGCUCACCCACUUGCUACCGAGUCAAGUUGAGAGUCCCAGCAACUCCGCCUUGCGCUUUCGCUGCCCUAGCACCCAGCCAACCAUCCCCUACCUCCCUCAAAGCUCUGGCUGAGCCCUUCUUCCCCAACUCUGGUAGAAGCAUCGCCGCCCGUGGCCAGAGCUCCUCCAACUUUCCCCGUAGCUGCCAAGUGGCUCAGCAGACUCGAAGUGAGCUUCUGAAUCUUUUCGUAGCUUUAGUUUUAUCUCUACUGCAUCAUGGUGGCCGGCCCAUCGCUGCGCCACCGUACCGUUGCUUCCGGUGCCGCUGCCCGCGCGGCCAGGCCACCUCGAGCCAUUGCGGGACAAGCUACGGCCACCAACAGGUGCGCACUAGUCCAGGCAAGCUUCCCCGCUGCUACAAUGCCGCCGACGAGCACUCCAACGCCGAAACCACGAUCUCCGGCGAGGUCCCCUGUUUCCAGUUCGCGACCAGGGACUUCGAGCGACAAUUUGAUGUUCUCCAGGGGUCUAAUUGCACAGACUGUGACUCAGACUACGCUCCGGAGGAAUCUGAUCCUCAGUGGGUUGCUUCUGAGUUUGUGGAUCCAUCUGGUUUUUCUGAGUUGCCGGACUUCCCUUCCCACCAAGGCAAGCCAGACAAGUUCAAAGACCAACCCAAUACUGGACCCCCGAUUGAAAACCGGCCUGUGGGCCGUUGCCAAAUCCCGAUCAGGGGAAAACGUACACGUACUGGCCGUAAUGUGCCCGUGACCUGGCAGUCUGGAACACGGAUAGAGAUGAGCACGUACGGGAGCUCGCACGCACCAGCGUCCAGCGGCGCGUACGCAUGGACGGGACGUGCCGCCCCGCUGGCCCGCUGCGCCCACACGUGGCGCGGCGCCGCGCCCGGCUCGGCCACGUUAUAA